AUGGUUGAAAAAAACUCGCCUGAACCGGUUGCUGAGGUAAGAACUGCGGUUGCGACUGGUAGGAUUGCGACUGAUCAUACUGUCGCCAUUGUGGAGGGUACUGCGGUUGAGGUGGUACGUACUGCUGCUGUUGUGGAUAGUAUUGUUGACUCGCUUGUUGAUAGUACUGGCCGUGUGCAACAGCUAGCGCUAAAUAAUUCUGGCUGA